UUUCAGGGAUUCUACUCUAUACAACAAGAUCUCAAUAAGACCAUAGUACAAGAAUUUUUUUUAAUUGCUUUCUCAGACCUAAAGCAACUCCAGAUAUUACUUCUUCUCUUUGUUUUGGUAACAUACAUCAUCUAUAUUACAGGAAAUAUUACCAUCAUCGCCUUAGUUAGGACUGAAACAUUGCUUCAAACUCCAAUGUAUUUUAUCAUAAGUACAUUUGCUGUUCUUGAAAUUAUGUUUGUGGCGGUUACUAUACCUAAGCUUCUGGAUAAUUUAAUUUCAGGAAAUAAGAGGAUAUCUUUCAUUGAAUGUUUUACACAGAUGUGUAUUUACGAUGGUUUGGGUCUAACAGAAUGCUAUAUGUUAUUGGUCAUGGCCUUUGAUAGGGACUUGGCUAUUAACAAUCCUUUACACUAUUCUACUAUCAUGAAGAAGGAAAUAUGUGCUCUAUUAGCCGCGGCACCAUGGGUUGCUGGUUUUGCAGCUUCUUUUGUGACUACUGGUUUCAUGGCCCAAUUGGACUUUUGUGGGCCAAAUCAGAUAAAUCAUUUCACCUGUGAUUUGGCUCCACUUCAAAUUUUGUCUUGCUCCGAUCCUUCCAUAAGCAAAUUAGUCACAAUAUUAACAGCCACUUUUGCCAGCAUUCUCCCAUCCAUCAUUAUCACAGCUUUCUAUGUUCACAUUAUUAAUGCCAUCUUAAAAAUCAAGGGAGCUGAAGGGAAACAAAAAGCCUUUUCCACCUGUUCCUCUCACCUUAUUGUGGCCAGUCUCUUCUUUGGAUCAGCUCUUGUGGUGUACAGCAUACCUUCCAGAGGGGAAAAUGACAAAUUUCUUGCUCUUAUAUACACAGUUCUUACCCCUCUCCUAAAUCCCUUCAUUUAUACUUUUAGGAACAGUGAUGUGAAGACAGCAAUAAAUAAAAUCUGUGUUAAAUAUGUUUAUCCUGUAGUCCAUAAGCCACAUUCAUAG